AUGAAAUUUUUUUAUUUUAAUGUUUUUACUUUUGUUGGCUUCAUGAUUACUUUGAGCUUUCAAUAUGGAGAAAUUCUUGUUAACACCACACCAAGUAAUUGUUCUGAUCGUGAAUAUUUUAAUUCCAAUAUUAUGUCCUGUAAGUUAUGUGGUGACCAUAUGAUAUCAUCAGUAAAUCGCUUGAACUGUUAUUGUGACAAAAAUAGCAGAUAUUUGGAAAAUAAAGGUUGUGAACCUUGUCCACUUAAUACUACUUUAUCUAUGGAUGGUUUUCGGUGUAUGAUGAUUAAUAUUACAUGUGGAUUAAAAGAUAUUCAGUUAGAAAUUGAUGCAGAUGGUAGUUUGUUGGAAUCAAGAAAAUGUGUUAGAUGUUCAAAUGGUUCAUAUCCUUCUGAAGAUAGAUUAAAAUGUUUACCGUGUAUAUUGCCGAAUUGUUCGUGCCCUACAUCCACACAUGAAUUAUUAUUAGAUGGAAACUUAUGUGUGCCUAAGUUAAACCUGAGUCAGUGGCCAGAUGAAAGUGAUACUCAUUUUAUCGAAUUUGAUUUAGUUGAUAUCAAAGUUGAAUCUAUGUAUUUGAAAAAAAAAUUACGAGCUCUUUUGCAUAAAUGUUUAAAUACAAGGCAUACUGUAUCCUGUGAAGCUUUGGGGAAUUUGUGUGCGAUUCAAAUGUAUAAAGAUGAAAGCAAAGUCAGUGCAUGUCGAAUAUUUUCUGAUUACAGAAGAAUACCAACUUCCUUAGAUACUGACCGUUUACCUUUACCAUGGAUUUAUUAUGGAGAAGGAGAUGCAUUUUUAGUAUUGAAUAAGAAGAAAAUCGGGUCUAAGUAUAGCAUUAGACCUGGUAGAGUCAAUAGCAAUUUAAAAUUAGUUGCAUCCAGGUACUACUUAAAUGGAACACUUAUUAGCGUUUCCGAAUUGUUUCCCUCUGAACUUCAGUUAUGUCCAGGACUAUGGAAUGGAAUUGACUCAACAUUUCGUUUUGGUGCUCGGUAUUACCGUACGUGUAAUGUACCAGCCAAACAACUUAUUAGUUUAGAACCUCAAGAACCAAUUUUUUAUGAUUUAUUUUUGGAAUUCGAUGAUGGAAAUAAAAAAAUGUUAUACUCAAUCCCAUUAUUGGUUAGAAAUAUUAAAGUAGGAACAAUUUAUCCUAACACGGGAAGAGAUAUUUCGCAAUGGUUGCUGACUAGACGUAUGUUUUUGGUAGAUAAGUUAAGUGGAAUUCCUGUUAAGACACAGGAAAUUCCAUUGGUUAUUCAGUAUCUAAAGUCCGCAAAACUAGUGGUCCAAGCUCAGCGUGAAACUGAAAAUGAAGGCAAUAUCUAUCCGCCCUUUAUGGUGUUAGAAUACGGUCAAAUAACUAACGAAAAUAUAUCACUGAACGUGCCAUUCUCAGUGACAUUCGAAGUCGAGUUUUACAUGGAAAACGAUGCACUUCAUUACAUUGAUAUGACUUUGGGUAUUCUCAGUGGAUGCGUUUUUAUAUGGAGUUGCAUACACACUUGGAGCGAAUCAAAACGGUGUGGGCGAAUGGCAAUUGACUUGUGGACUGUAGGACAAUUUUUAAUUACUUGCUGUUCACAUUUUGCUAAUGUGAUAUUUGCUGUUUGCAUAUUGUUGGCAUUUUACACAUUACUAUUUUAUAAAGGGCAGAGUGUUGUUUAUAUCUUGUUACCAUCACAGGAACUUGAACAUAUCGUCGAAAAAUAUGUUGUUAUUGCGUUUCUAUUAAAGAUUAUUGAAAUUAUACGUUUAAUUUGGACUCAAACAAGUAUCGAUAUUUUCCUAGUUGAUUGGGAGAAACCCCGUUUAGUAUUUAGUCAAAAAAUAAACAGCACAACAUCUUCUCAAAAACAAACAGUCAGUAUUUGGAGGAGUUACUUUGUAGCUAAUGAAUGGGCAGAAAUUCAGACAAAAAGAAAAAUCAGUCAACCUGUACAGUUGUUGCUUACUAUACUUUUACUAAAGGUGAAUGGGUUUGAGAAUUGGGCUACGGCAGAACCCGAAGUUCAUUUAUUUCAAACCCCGUAUAGACCGACUAGUCGGAUAUUAUCCUUAGGAAUGUUAGUUUUUAUCUUUAGUGCUAUUUAUUCCAUACAGUGGUUGAUAACUGUGGGAAUUUAUGAAAGGUACAUAAAAAACUGUAUUCAACAAUUUGUGGAUAUUUGUUCUUUAACUAACGUCAGUGUAUUUAUAUUAUCUGCUGAAUAUUUUGGCCAUUACAUUCAUGGCAGGUCAACUCAUGGUUUUUCUGACACUGACAUGGAAAGUUUAAUUGGACAAUUACAAAGAGAAGAGGACAAUAUGGUUAGACAUAGAGGCCUAGUACCUGGUACAGAGAAUCAAACGUUUGAAAUGACCAUUCCGUCGUCUUUGAGGACUUACUACCGCCGAGUAAUGGCUCCGUUAAACAAUUUUCAAUCUAAUCAACUAUCGGGAUCAUCAUUUAGAAUAAAAAAAGUGGACAAAACGGAUAUGGCAAGAAUUGGACAAGCGUACAAUAACAUGAAUAAAUUUCUUGCGGCUUUUUUGGAUCACGCUCUAAAAGAUUUGGACUAUGAAAUUCGUGAAAAGACUUUUGUGGAAAAACUUUUGGGAAUCGAAUACUCAGACCCUUCGGACAAAGGAGUUUUUUUUAUAGACGACGGGCAUUCGUUCGACAAAGUCAUUUUUUAUGGGAAUGAAUGCACUCUAGUAAUAUUUGAUAUAAUGAUGUUGACAUCAUUUUAUGUUAUCACGGGUAACAUAAUACUUGCUAGUAUGCUUACAGCGUUUGUAGCCAAGGUAUUGUGUAUUAUCCGGGCACAACUUGGAAAAACAAAUUUAGCUAAAAAAACCCUAAUCGAUGAAAGAUUUUUGAUUUGAUAGAUUAAAAUUUUAUUUUUCGUGUCUAUAUAAAAUGUUAAGUUUAUUUUAAGCUAUAUAUAUUUUUUUUAA